UCUGCUCGCAGCUCCCUAACGUUGGCUCCCUCCCCCCCAUCUCCAACCCCUUUAUUAAAAGCUUCCUCUCGGUGAACGCUGCCAUGGAAUAUAAUAAAGAAAGCUCCCAAUAUUCCAUAAAUCUCUCACCCUCUCAGUAGAAAAAGUCACCAACAGACAUACCCCCCCAUACACAGUCUUCCAUCUCGUUGAACCCCCCAGCUGUUAUUUUUUUUAAUCGGAAUACCCUUUUCGGAUUCUCAGCUCGUCCAUUAAUAUCUUCUGUAUGCUACUGCAAAUCUCGGGAUCCAAUCACUCUCCUCCAUUUCUCAUCCUCCUUCCCGGUUUCGCUCGACACCCACAAAGAAAUCUUGGAUGAGGGGGAGCAGAGCAACUGUGGCAAUGGGUCCUCUGCCUCUCUGCUUCUUGGCUCUUUUGCUCGUUUCUUUCUGCAGGGCGGAGAUGUCAAGCAAGGUGGGAAUUAAUUACGGCCAGUUAGGGAACAACCUCCCUCCGGCGCACCACUCAGUCUACCUGAUCAAGUCCCACCUCAAAGCCAGCCGGGUCAAGAUCUAUGACACGAACCCGGAGAUCCUCGGCACCCUGAAGGACACCGGCAUUGCGGUCUCAAUCAUGCUCCCGAACAACCUCAUCACUCCGGUGUCCUCCAACCAGUCCCUUGCCGACUCGUGGGUCGAGUCCAAUGUCGCCCCAUUCUACCCGGCCACCAAGAUCCGCUACCUCCUCGUCGGGAACGAGAUCUUAUCUGCGCCCGUCAAGUCAGUGUGGUACAACCUCGUCCCCGCAAUGCGGAAGGUCAAGAACGCCCUCAAGAGGCACGGGAUCAACAAGGUCAAGGUCGGCACAUCGAUGGCGAUGGACGUGCUGGAGUCCUCCUACCCGCCCUCUAAUGGGACGUUCAGGUCUGACAUUGCGACCCGGGUCGUGAAGCCGAUGCUUCAGUUCCUCAACCGGACCAAGUCAUUCUACUUCCUUGACGUGUACCCGUAUUUCCCGUGGUCCGAUAACCCCAAGUCUAUUAACCUGGACUACGCCUUGUUUGAAUCCCGGAAUAUCACGGUCACUGAUCCGGGCACAGGCCUCGUCUAUCACAACCUCUUCGACCAGAUGGUGGAUGCUAAUAUAUUCGCGAUGGCCCGUUUAGGGUACCCAGACAUCCGGGUCUGGAUAGCAGAAACAGGCUGGCCUAAUGGGGGCGACUACGACCAGAUCGGAGCAAACAUUUACAAUGCUGCCACAUACAACCGCAACGUGGUGAAGAAGUUCCUCGCCAAACCAACAGUCGGGACUCCAGCCAGGCCUGGUAAGGUCCUCCCAUCAUUUAUAUUCGCUCUGUACAACGAGAACCAGAAGCCUGGUCCAGGCACAGAGCGGCACUUUGGGCUACUAUACCCGAACGGGACGAGCAUAUAUGAGAUCCAGCUUGACGGGGAGGUGCCGAAGUUGGGGUACAAGCCGUUGCCGAAGCCUACAAAUAACGAGCCCUACAAGGGGAAGAUAUGGUGUGUGGUGGCAAAGAGGGCCAAUGGGACUGCAGUUGGGGCUGCAAUGUCAUACGCGUGCUCGCAAGGGAAUAAGACCUGUGACUCGAUUCAAAAGGGGAAGGAGUGUUACAGGCCGAACUCGCUGGUCAGGCAUGCAAGCUAUGCAUUCAGCUCGUACUGGGCGCAAUUCAAGAAGCUCGGUGGGUCUUGUUACUUUGAUGGGCUCGCCACUCAAACAAUCAAAGACCCAAGUUAUGGAUCCUGCAAAUUCCCAAGUAUUACUCUAUGAAGAAGCGCCCUGACAAGGAAUGGAACAUUGCCACGAAUGCUGAUUUGAAAAGAAAAAAAGCCGAUAAUUCGCUUCUUCCAGGACGGUCGUUUGGGCAGCCCCUUUUGAUCUUUAUAUAUUAGUGUUACAUUUUUGAGUUUCCUAGGAUUGAGGUCGGUUUCGAACUUUUCCUGGGAUAGUUUGAGACAUUGUAUGAUCGAAAUGGAAGCCCAAAGCGCUUGUUUUUUUUUUUUUUUUUUCUCUCCAUUUGAUUCUGUGAUGCUUUUGAUGUCACAAUUCAUUGAGGUCAAAGCAGAUUAUUGAUCAGUGGCUAACUUGAAGCCUGUAUGUAUGGUGUAUUCUCCUGCAGUAACUUGGUGUGGCAGUUGCCGAAAUUCCUUUGCU